UUAAUAGCGUGACGUUCAUCGGCGUGUUACAGCUGUAGCUUUAUAAAUUUGGAACUGUUGGCAGCCAUUGCAAUUGAACAUGGACGGCCGUUUACAGACACGUAUUGAGGUUGCUGCAGCAGUAUUGCUGGUGUGUCUGGUCCAAUUAGGAGAGAGUGGUGAGUGUUGCAAAGCCCACUACAACAUCAUUGGGAAUGAAGUGUCCAACGAACAGAAAUGGUGUGACAAUUACUGCUGCUUCAACCUCCUCAAGUAUGACUGUUGCGAUAACAUCCUGCUUCAGGCACCUGUCGACAUGAGGAUGGACUUCUGUACAGCCUGGUUCACAGCACAUUGGUAUAUACCAGUGUUGAUUGUCCUGGCUAUACUAGGAGCUAUAAUCACCUGCUGUGUUUGUUGCUGUUGUGCCUGCUGCCGCAAUCGCACUUCUGGAGCAGUCUUGAUGCCAGCUGAGCCACAAGGUAUGCUGGUUGUGACCCAUCAGGCACAACCAAAUGACCAGUCGAGCAGUCCCGCCAACCCUUUCAACACUGGUUACGUACAGUAAAGGACCAGGAGUUGACCAAUGUAACAUCUCAGCCAUGUACACCUACCAGAUCGUAGUACAGGGAUCACCAACUUAUGGUCAAGCAAAUCAACACCAAAAUGGAAAUUGUGUCAAAAUUCAGAAUUUAUGUCCACUUCGGAAGACAUUGGGCUGUUUCACUGAACAGGAGCUGAAAACGUGACUUUGAGUAUAAAUCUGUAAGAUAUUUAAAGGAAUAUUCUUGGACUAAUUGAGUCUGAUAGAUUGACUUUAGAUCAUGAUAUUAUUUAAUAUUGAACUCUUGCAGUAUAUGUCAUCAAGUAAUGUUCACAUAGAAAUUAAUACAAUAGCCAUGGGGUAUAUUGGAACAAGAUUGUUUUUAUCUCAUUUUUUCUUUACAUUUGAUGUUGUUUGUAAACAUGCACU